AUGUCUACCAACAAGCGCAAAUUUGCCUCGAAAAUAACUUUUAAUAGCAACGACGUUGAUCACGCUGCACAAUUAUUGAGCGAUAAAGCAGAACUAGUUUUGGAAAUCCCUCAGGAGAUAUUGAUACACUGGCAUAGUCUGAAAGGAAAGGCUUCAAAGGGUGACCUCACUGAAUGUAAAAAUGUAAAUUUUGUAACUAGUAUUCCAGAGCUUCCAUUCAAGGUUUUACGAAAUUCUUGCCUGGAGAAGAGAAUCGCUGAUUUAGCUUGGCUUGCCAAAAGGGAAACCCAUGGAAAAAGCGGUAGGAAGAAACAAGAGCUUUUAGCGAAAAAACGCUGUAAAAAUAUGUCAGGCGGACAUUGAUCGACAAAAUGAUUGUGUUAUUCGUGUAGCAGUACUUGAACAACAACAUGCUGAUGUCGAUCUUGAUAAUCGAUGCUCUGAACUAUUUUCUCAAUUAACUGAAGCAAGAGAAAAACUACAGAAUGUUGAUUCUCGGUUAAAUUCGUGCGAAGCAGAGAGAGAUUUACUGAAGAGAAUGCUACCCUGGCAAGUCAAAUAA